CUUGGUUACACGUCUCUAAGCUAGCUGUAUGCUCCCUUGGAAUCUAAAUUCUAUAAAUUGGAGAAUCAAUUUCCACCACUUAACAAUCACAGAUUCUUCUUCUAUAUUCCCUUUGGCAAAAUACAAAUAUUAAUAUUAGGAAUGGCUGAUUGCCGGGAGAAGAUGGGGUUGAAGAAAGGGCCAUGGACUCCAGAUGAAGACCAGAAGCUCUUAGCUUAUUUUGAAGAACAUGGGCUGGGGAAUUGGCGUACCUUGCCUGAAAAAGCUGGGCUUCAAAGAUGUGGAAAGAGCUGCAGACUGAGGUGGAUCAAUUACCUCAGACCUGAUCUCAAGAGGGGAAAGUUCAGUUUACAAGAAGAACAAACCAUCAUCCAACUCCAUGCUUUUCUUGGAAACAGGUGGUCAACCAUUGCAGCUCACUUACCGAAUCGAACCGACAACGAGAUUAAAAACUACUGGAACACACAUAUUAAGAAACGGUUUACCAAGAUGGGGAUCGAUCCCACCACACACAAGCCCAAAUCGAACCAUGUCGUCAACCCCACCGGUCGAACCACAGUGAACCACAUGGCUCAAUGGGAGAGUGCUAGGCUCGAAGCAGAAGCCAGGCUCGUCAAAGACUCAAAAAAACUACCCUCAUCUUCUUCAAGACCUUCCCCAUAUCAGAAAAGUUGUAACAAAGGCUCAAAAUCCCAGUGUCUUGACGUUGUUAAAGCAUGGCAAAGCGUAGUGGCUGGUAUGUUCGCCACCUCUACUAACAACUCAAACCGCAUCAUAUUCGGACCAGACCAGAGCUCCGGAAAUUACGAGCUUGAUUCAAUUAUACCUCUUGGAGGUAAUGUUGAAGACGAGUUAAUGGUAGGCAACGAUAGAUCAAAGUGCCAGGUACCAGAAUUGAAUGAAAGGUUUGAUAAUUACAUGUCUUUGCAUGAUACGACGCAUCUUUGGGCUGCUCCCAUAGCUGAAAACGACGUCGUAGAAAGCUUUCCAGAUUUCUUGGUGCAUGAUUUUGAUUACCAAAUUGACAACGAGGAGUCUAUAACCAUUUAAAAAAUUCAUUUUCGUAUUUUUUUACA